UCUCAGAGCGCCGUCAGCGCGGAGGCAGAGGAGGCGCUGGGGCUCCGGGACACAGUGUUCGCACCAUGGCUGCAGCCCCGGCCCCGGCCCGGGUCCCGGCGCGCCUGCAGUGCCGCGUGCAACUGCGCUUCGUGACCGAGGAGCAGCUCUGCGGCGCUGUGCCGCUCUCGCCCCCCCACCCGAAAUCUCUGCGGCUGGAGGUGCACCCGGCAGGGGAGGAGGCGGACGCGACGGUGACAGACGCGGAUGGUGUCUGUGUCUUUAAAUGCUUACUCAACAGAGACACCGAAUGUUGCCGUGUGGGGAAGGAGUCCAUCUUGAUUACUCUGGGGUACAAUAGUGCUUUGCUGAAGUUUGAGUCUCAUGCUGAAUUCAGCGCAUUUUCAAAUACCUUGAAAAGGUGCCAGAAUGAGAAAAAGGAGUGCUCGGUGUUCAGCCAGCGGACAGAAGAGGCGUCUGCCACACAAUAUUUCCAGUUUUAUGGCUGCAUUUCCCAGCAGCAGAACAUGAUGCAAGAUUUUGUGAGGACAGCUACUUACCACAGAGCCAUCCUCCAGAACCACAUUGACUUUAGAGACAAGAUUGUUCUGGAUGUGGGUUGUGGAUCAGGAAUACUGUCAUUUUUUGCUGUACAGGCCGGAGCUAGGAGAGUGUAUGCAGUUGAAGCCAGUUCAGUAGCACAAUAUGCUGAGAUGCUAGUGAAAAAUAACCACCUUUCAGACAAGAUCAUUGUUUUGCCAGGGAAAAUUGAAGAAAUCUCACUUCCCGAGGCUGUAGAUGUCAUCAUUUCCGAACCGAUGGGAUACAUGCUGUUCAAUGAAAGGAUGCUGGAGAGUUACCUUCAUUCAAAAAAAUGGCUGAAAGCAAAUGGACUGAUGUUCCCGACAUUCAGUGACAUCCAUUUGGCCCCCUUUUCUGAUGAACAGCUCUACGUGGAACACUACUCCAGAGCCAACUUUUGGUAUCAGGAGUGCUUCUAUGGGGUCAACCUGUCCAGUCUCCGGGGUGCUGCAGUGGACGAAUACUUCAGACAGCCCAUAGUGGACACAUUUGACAUUAGGAUUUUGAUGGCUCGGACAGUCAAGUACACAGUAAACUUUAUGGAUGCAGAAGAAGCAGAUCUCCACAGAGUAGAAAUCCCCUUUGUGUUUCAGAUGGCACAGUCUGGCCUCGUCCACGGCCUGGCCUUCUGGUUUGACGUGGCCUUUGUUGGAUCUCUGGUAACGGUUUGGCUGUCAACAGCCCCAACCGAGCCUCUGACUCACUGGUAUCAGGUGCGGUGCCUUCUUCAGACUCCUCUCUUUGCCAAGGAAGGAGAGACCCUCUCAGGGAGAGUGCUGUUUGUAGCCAAUAAACGACAGAGCUAUGACAUUCAGAUCGUGGCGCUGGUGAACCAGACGGGCUUCAGAUCUGGGAACAUCCUCGAUUUAAAGAAUCCUUUCUUUAGGUUUGCUUAGAAGAUAGUCACAAGCCAAUCAGUAAGUAAAAGGAAGGCCUGAGAAGUCCCUCGACAUCCAAGUUCAUAUUUCAUGUUCCAAAUAUGCAUUCUAAGUUUUACAAGGAUGUUUAGGUUUAUUUCAAUUUCUUUUUUUCUCCGUAACUCUAAAACGUGCAUUUUAUUAACAAGUCUAUUUUUUGGUGCUUCUUAGACUGGCUCUUUAUAGCUUUCUGCAUGUAGCUGAAGAACAAUUUUUUUUUGGUUUUUAUUUUUAUUAUUAUUUUAGUAAAGCCAACAGCAUUGCUUUCAUUUUUGAAGUAUUUAAAAAAGAAAUUUAACAAAACGCUACCUCAUGUUUGUAUGUAUGCACAUGUAUGACAUAAGAGCAUGUUAAGAGUGAUCUAUUUGCAAUUUUACUCUGUUUUCACAAAUAUUUUCAACAAAUCAAUAGCUAGUUCCUGGCUCAGCAAGGUGUUAAAGAAUUUUUGCCUUAUUCAUGUAAUGGAAUAAUAUGAUGUCAGGAAUGUUCUUCAUUGGCAAUAUCUGAUGACUCUGUAUGCAGUUAAGAAAAUAAAGAUGGAACCUUUGUCAGUUCUCUUAGGUUUACAAUAAAAAUGUACAGCGUGAGA